AUAACUGUGACAUUUUGCGGGAUACCGAUGGUGUUGCAAAACCCAAAAAUAAAAACAGAUUGAGGAUAUCUGACAUGAAAAGACGUAUCUUUGUGAUGGUAACAAAUCUCCAAAUUGAGGACUCUGAUGUUUAUUGGAUUGGGAUCGAAAAAAUGAAUGCUGACAUAAUGACAUCAAUAAAAGUGACCGUCACUCUCGUUCCAGUGUCUAAGCCCAGACUUUGGCCCCUGACUCCUCUGACAGACGAUCCAACAUGCUGGGGGAAGCCAGUAACCAUCCGCUGUGGUGGUGCAAAGGGAACCAAUGUUUUUUAUGCCUGGUAUCAGAACAUUCACCACAACAGUUUCCUGCUCCUCAGCUCUUCAGAUCUAAGCUUACACUGCAGCAUGUUAACAGAGGACAGCGAGUAUUACUGCUCUGCCAGUAACAGCAUCAGCAAUGCUCAGAGUGAUGCCCUUUCAGUGAAGAUCCUCUUGCCUGACAACAGCAGCUGCAUCUAUGUUGCUAAUGUUCCCGGGCAGCCUGUUUAUGACUGCGCAGACAGAAUGAGGACCACUGUGACUGAAACUUCACCAACAACAACCUGCAUAGAAACUACAAAAAUCCCCUCUGACACCUCAGAGCAGUCUUUACAAGUCAAUCAAACUGCCAUGCAUGCGUUUUUCAGCAGCACAUGGACUGGAGUACCACUGUGGUAUGAGCUGCUGAGAUGGGGUUCUAUGACAGUCUUAAUCAUAAGUCUGUGUAUAUUUAUCAGCUGUACAAAAACAAGACACAAGAAACAUGGCAGAAGGAGGAAAAAGUUUAAUAUGGGGUGAAAUCCUUUUUUUUAAGUCAAUUUCAUUGAUUUUAACAUUCCUUGUACAGAUGUAAUCUUUAAAUAAGCAGUAUUUGCCUCAAUUUGUACUGCAUGCUUAAAUGUCCAAAAGCCUAAAUAAAGUAGAAUUACUGAAUGACAUGCAAAUGAAUACUUAAGGUAAGACUAUGCACUACAAGCGACUACACAAAUUUCCAGAAUUUGCUUUUACCUGAGUUAUUAUACAAAAUAUUGAGUUGAAUUUGAACAUUUAUGUGGAUAAACACCUGUUUUGUUGUUUGAAUUGUUUCCUAUAAUACAUUUAAAACAAAGUAUAAUAUAACAGUGUUUUG